CUCCAUAUAUAAGCGUCCACAGACAGCUGAACACAACAGAGGAAGAUCUUCAGCGAACACUGACAGAAUAAACCCGUCAUCAUCACCAGUUAUGGAGAGAUCUGACAGACUCACACUCAUACUUCUGCUCGUUUCUGCACUUGUCGCUUGUAAUCCAGUGGACGCGUGGUACAAGCAAGCGGCGGGACCGAGUUAUUACUCCGUGGGCAGAGCGUCAGGACUGCUGUCCGGGAUCAGAAGAUCUUCCUUCAAGAGAUCAGAAGAUGCAGAACCCGCUGACCCUCUGACAAACAUCAAUGUGCUCUCACAGACACACAUACCUCGAAACUUCCUCAAAAACAUGCCUAUUUGUGUGAAGGACAUUUCUCCAAAUCUUCAGAGCUGUGAGUUUGUGCAGGACAGCAGCUCAUUUCAGUGUGAAGCUCGUGUGAUCUUCAGCGUGGACUCCAGAGACUGUCUCAAUGCCUGA